AUGGCCGCAGUCGCAGAAGCUAAACUGGAUCUGCGGGAAUCCCCCGACCAGCUAUGGUGGAGACAACUUUUUUGGGAUGAUAUGGAUGCCGCCGCAGCAACCGGCAAUGGAAACGGUCCGCAUAAAGAGUGUCAACUAUUCCUGGCCAACACGGAGCUUCGCCUAAUCACCGACGUGAGCAAAAGCCAGCAUGAUCGGGAACAAGUCGCCGAAUGGCUCGUUAUGGGUUGGGAUAAGGAGGGAGAAGGGGUCUGGGUGUGGGAACCUAACCCACGCACCUUUCAGCAGAUCCUGGAGAUCUAUCAUACCCGUGGCAGUUAUUGCGGCUGGCUGGAUGCUCUGGAAAGGUCGAUUGAUAGUCCCUGUGCUUGGGUGUCGGCAUGA